GCCUUAGAACACCUGCAAGGACCAUCCAUCCAUAUUUUGCCACCUGUCACAUGAAGUACACACUGGGAAAAUGGUGUCUUUUUGUUCUAUGGACAUUAAAUAUGUGAAGUCAGAUGGAGAUGCCCCCACUCGUCUGGUGGUUGGUUUUGCUUUCGGUGAUUGUGAGUCUGGCAGAGCGGGCUGAGGCGUCUCUUUGCUACGUCACUGAAGACAAGCUUAAGGCCAGUUGCCGAGGCAGGAGUCUGUUGUUUGUCCCCUAUGGUCUCCCCGUCACUUUGCAGCUUUUGGACCUCUCUUACAACAAGAUAGAACAGAUUAACGCCACAGAUUUCUCGACCUUCACCCAGCUGAAAGGCCUUGAUCUUAGUUAUAACAACAUCUUGUUUAUUGCAACUGAUUCCUUCUCCUCAAACGUACUCCUGGAGCAGUUAAAUCUCUUCAACAACUCACUAAGGGAGAUUCCCUCACAGGCUUUAAAGCCACUGAAACACCUGAGGGAACUGUUCAUGUCUAACAAUCUCUAUCCCCGUUCCACUCUGGAUGGCGUGUUCAGCACUUUAAAGAAGCUAGAAGUGCUCUCCAUGGGUGGAGCUGCUAUCCAGACGGUAGGCAGUCAAGACUUCCUUUCACUAAAUGAGAUUCGCUUGAAGAAGUUUGCCCUAAAAAGAGCCCCCAGUUUGCUGGAGUAUCAAAAAGGAGCCUUCUCUAAGCUCAACACUACAGCUCUGUGGUGUGAUAUUUCCCUGGACAAAAACACCAAGGCCUUGCCUCUGAUGCUUCAGGACUUGCAUGGGAAACCACUGCGAUACCUCCGUUUCCGUAACCUCUUUGAGUUCAUGUACUACACGGAUACCACAGAUAUAUUUUCUGGCUUGGCUGAGGUAGACGUUGAAGAGCUGGUCUUCUUCAGGGGAAAAUUCAAUGAGAACUUGCUGCGCUUGGCUCUUUUGAAUGUUCAGAAGUCUCAUAUUCAGGACCUUUCUUUCAUAGCGAUCGAUUUUGCACGGUCCCCUGAGUGGAAGCCGCCAGAAGCCGGCAUUGCUAAUUUGACCCUCCGCAGUUUGGUGCUGCAGGACAUUAGCAACCCAGACAUCUUGCGCUUUGACUGGACCUUCACCUGGUUUGCAGGUGUGACUUACCUCUCCAUCCUCAACGUCAACUUUAACGUUGUGCCCUGUGAUGCCUGGGGUGAGAUGAGGAAUGUGGUGGUUUUGGAUGUUUCCGGAAACCGCCUGCAGAAUGGUUACAUCUACAAUGAGGCCUGCCUGUACCGGGAUAUCCUGCCCAAAUUGGAAGAUUUUAAUUUGACCCACAAUGAAUUGACCAGCCUGAAAACAGUGGCCACCUUGACCUCAAGCUGGGCCCGACUAUCCAAAUUAGAUCUGAGCUGGAAUCUAGUUAGAGACUUUGAGCUUCCAUGUACCUGGACUCCCAGUCUUGUCUGGCUGGGCUUGGCUUACAAUGCAGUUACCAUGGAGAUCUUUAAGUGUCUUCCCACCACUCUGCAUUUCCUGGAUAUGUCGCAUUCUCAGUUGGAACGGCUCGACAUGAGCUACUUUGAACUUGCUGUGGAUCUCCAAGAGCUGCGGCUGAGUGGGAACAAGAUCAAGUUCAUUCCCUCGGAGUGGAAGUGCCCAAACCUGAGAGUCUUGCAGGUGGAUGGAAACUCCUUUGGGGUCAUCAGCAAGGGCUCCUUUGGUAACAUGCCACAUCUUGAGUAUCUGAAGGCAGGGAAUAACCCUUAUCACUGUGUCUGUGACCUCUAUGAAUUCCUUCAGGAGACCUUGAAAUCCGGCAAGCUAACGCUGCUGGACUGGCCCAGUGGGUGGACUUGUUAUCACCCUGAACCUCUGCUGGACACAUCUGUCGCAGCUUAUGCUCCAAGGGUGACAGAGUGUGACGUCACUGUGGUAGUGGCCAUUGCUGUCUCCAUCACAGCCACAGUGAUGAUUGUCUGCAUGGUGUUGUGCUGGAAGUUCGAUGUUCCUUGGUACCUCAGGGCCACCUUUCGCAUUGUUCGUUCCAAGUACCGGGCUAGCCACUCCCAACCAUCAAAACCAUUUACCUACCAUGCCUUCAUCUCCUAUAGCUGCUCUGAUGCUGAGUGGGUGAGGCGUGAGCUCCUCCAGCGGUUGGAAGCUUCAACGCCGCCGUACCGUGUGUGCAUUCAUGAACGGGAUUUUACACCGGGUCGGUGGAUCAUCGACAACAUCAUUGAGAACAUUGAAAACAGCCGCAAAAUCAUCUUUGUCCUCUCACGCCAUUUUGUAGACAGCGAGUGGUGCAACUAUGAACUCUACUUUGCCCACCAGCGGGCUGUGGGCUUGAGCUUCGAAGAUGUGGUUCUGGUGGUGAAGGAGACCAUUGAUCUACAAGCUUUACCCAACAAGUUCUGCAAGCUACGGAAGAUGCUGAGUACCAAGACUUACUUGGAGUGGCCUUCAGAACCCAGUCGGCAGCCCUUCUUCUGGCUCCAGCUGAAGUCUGUUUUGGGGAAGGCUGAGAUGGUCAAUGUAGAUCCCAACAAUGUUGUCAGUGACACUGAACCAGUGUCAGGUGGGAUGACAGACAGUACCCUUGAGCUGGAUAAUCUAUCGGAGGAAAGCAUGACUGUGAAUGCUCAAAUAAGCUAGGAUGGGCUUACUGUAAGGCAGGGCUCAGUGUUCAACAUGAGUUGCAGAAACUUUCAAGUUGGAUCUGCAAAGGGUUUGUGUAUGGGUGGGUCCCAGUCACUAUUCGUAGAGGAAAAUAGAAAGGAUUCGAUUGAGCCAUUGCCUAGUCCUGGAAUCUGUUUUCAGGAAACAUUCCACUCUGCUAUAUAUAUGAAGUGGUAAUAAGCAGAGUUGUCUUGAGCUCGUGAGGUGUAUGGUGUUGUUCUCUCACCAGCAAUUAAUCCAUUUGUAGCAUCUAAAAUAAGAGAGAUGGGGACCGCUGGACUUCACAAAACUACCUUCCUGACGAGGAAAGCUUUAUUCACAGAUGUGAGGAGGGGAGGGGCUGUCUGUGACCAAUGCUAAGGGAUAGUUGCCUCUUACUCAUUAGUUCUUCAGAUGUUCCAUGGCUGAAUGCUACUUUCCACCACUUACUUACUCAGAUUUUUCUUCUCUAAGCCACAAAUGGGUGCAUUCUUUUAUUUAAAGUGCAUCCUUUUAUUUCAAAGCGAAAUGCUUGGUCUUCAUCCACACAGUAUUAUCCAUGUGGUUGUGUGAAGGAGUGCGGUAAUCAACCCUGACAAACACUGACUAUGUGCUGCUAGAUGAAUUGCUUAUUUACUCAGAUAGGUGUGGAACCUACUACGCUGUACAUGGAAUUCAGAAUUUUCCAACAUUCCGGCAGCCCUUUCAUCCCCCAGAAAGACCACUCCUGGGGCCGCUGCACCUUUGCGGAGAAAUAGCUGCAUGGUGGGUGGGGACCCAGAGUGAGGAGGAGAGAAUCACUCCUCCCUCCUUCCCUGCUAAGGAGCAGGAUCAGUUUCAUUCCUUCGUCCCUCCUUGCUGCAGCCACCCAAUAUGCACGGCUGUUCCUCUGCAAAGGUGCAGUGGCCCCAGGAGUGAUGUUUCCAUGGGUCGUAAGGUGCUGCAGGAGAGGACGGUGGGAAAAUUCCAUACAUGGUUGGAAUAUGCUCCAUCGUUUUAAAUGUUGAUAGACAGCCAGUGUGCUGUAGUGGUUAGAGUGUUGGUCUAGGGUCUGGGAUACCCAGCUUUGAAUUCACACUCAGCCAUGGAAGCCCUGAGUGACCUUGGGUCAGUCACACCUUCUCAGCCUAGCCUACCUCACAGGGUUGUUGUGAGGAUAAAAUAGAGGAAAAGAGAACGGUGUAAGCCACUUGGGGUCCCCAUCGUGGAGAAAGGUGGAAUAUAAAUGAAGUAAAUAAAAACGUUCCAGCCAGCAUAGCUGGCGAGUCUUCCAGAAACCUCCCCGGCUGGCCAAGUAAAAGGUGGAACUCAAGAUCUUUGUGCCUUUUUAAUUGGCAUAAGAGCCUAUCAUUAUACCGGGGGCAGGAAGGCCUGCAUUGUCCUGAGCCAUUUUCUCCUCAUCCUGUCACAUCUAUCAGUCAAAAGAAAAGAUUCCUCCGCUUUUAGGAUACAGAUGCUCAUUUCCUAGCACUUGGUCAUCAAUCAACUACUCCAAAGAACAUCUUGUUUUCAGCAAUUAUUUAUAACCAAUGGCUUAGCACUCCUAAAGCAGAUUGAGGCAAUUGCCUUGUCUGGAGUCUGUGGCUCAGCCCCCGGACUUGCCAGGAGAAGGGGACCGGAGACAGCCGGGAGGCAGCUGCCCAGCCGCCCCAACAGACCCCCAGGGCCAGAACCUGCCAGCACCCAAGGGAGAGAAAGAAGCACCCAAGCCCCAGAGGGUCAGAAGGAGCAGGUGGAAGCCAGCCAGCCCCACCCUCCAGUGGGAGGCUAAGAGCCCUGACAGGGGAAGUAAGGACAGCCAGGAGGGGGCCAGGGCAGAGGGAGAAGGCACAAGAAAUAGGGGCAGCCAGCCAGACAGCUACCCUACCGGCAGGACAGCAGAAGCAGCACAGAGCCAUGCCCCAAGCUGUAAACAGGGAGGAAGGGUGUAAUAGAGACCAGCUGAGGCUGCUGGAAGCUGAGCAGAGGAGGCUUGGCAGCCAGCCAAGAGAGCACAGCUGUACCUGCCAACGCAGCCAAACUAGCUACCCCAGGUGCAACUGCUUGAGGCAGCCAGGGCCAGUGUUAGGAGGCAAAAGAGGGGUGUGCCCUGGCAGGUGGAGCCUGGAAUGAGGGACAGGAUAUAAGGGAAGUCCACCCACAGGGUGUGGUGGAUUGUAUAGGAGUGUGACAGAGUGGAGGAGAGAAAGAAGGAAUGAGAGAACAGCAGAGAGGAGGUGGAGGAAAGGAGAGGAGGAGGAGGAGGAGGAGUAAGGGCAAGGGCGACGGCGACGGCGACGGCGACGGCUGGAUGGGGACAGCUGUCAUGGAAGGCAGCCAGGACAAUGUCAGGUUGAGGGGACCUGCGAGUGGACUGAGAGGGUGUAAAGGUGAGGUAUACCCCCCCUCCUUCCACAGAGCAGGAUCCUGCAUAUUCCCUGAAGGUCCUUUAAGGCGGAAGUCAGGCAGGCUGGCGUCUCACAGGGCGGCGCCUAGGGCAGAACCUGACAGCCUUUAGUUGCCUUCCUUGGUGAUCAAGCUGCCAUGGUUUUUUGCUGCCAACUGUUGUCCUGGUCAUAUUAGCCUAACUGUGCCCCAUGCUGGUGAUGUCCACAGCCCUCGCUUUGCAGUGACUCUUUGUCAUCACCAGGAAUGCUGCGAGUCCAACCUUGGCUGUGUCAGAGAGUGGAGGUGGCAUCUGAGCAAAUUCAUAUGUGCCAAUUAAGGUCAUUUCAACUCUUCUCCAGCUGUUGAUGUGCCCACCACAUGUGGAAAAGAGAGAGGCGGUUUCAAAUGUGCUUGGUUUAGAACUGAUGGUCGUGCCAGAAGGUUGCUUUCCAGUCACUUGUCAGCUUUCUUGUGCUUUUUAUGAAUUGUGAUUUUGGUCUCCAAGCAGCUGCAGCCAGGCCUUGGGGAAUGAUUUAAGCAACACAGGUGGAGGAUUCGUCCAGGACCCUGACUCUGUCAGGCUGCAAAGAGUGGUAGGAGUGAGCAUGGCGGCCUUCCUGAAGGAGCCGUUAUGUGCAUAUUAUUGAAUGUAUGGGGGAAGUACGGAACUCCGUUCAGAAUGUUUUAUUCUUUGCAACGUUGAGAUUUUUAUCACCACUGGCAAAAAGUUGGUGUGAGGGAAGGGAAAUCUGGGUGUGCUGUUAAAUGUCUGUGUUAUGUGCCAUCAAGUCACUUCCGACAUAUGGAGUCCCUAUGAAUGAGCAGCCCCCAAAACAUCCUGUCAUUGAUAGCCUUGCUCAAGUCUUGUAAACUGAAGGCUGUGGCUAUGGCUGCCGUUUUACAAUUAUGUAUUUGCUUCGUAUGUGCAGUGAGCAUAAUGGGGUAUGUAGCAGGGCUUCAGGCUUCCUGGGCACACUCCUGGCGCAACAUGACAAUAUUGCUCCCAGGACCGGCAUCGUGCGGGCUCCAGGAGUGCUCCUGAGCUUCAUUCUGGGCUGAUUUGGGCCCUGAAUUGGCCCCAUUUGAGGCCCAAAUCAGCCCGGUAUGAAGCUCAGGAGUGCUCCUGGGGCCUGCACAAUGACAUCACUCCCAGGAGUGGCAUCGUUGCCCUGUGCCAGGAGCACAUAGGUGCGAGGAGAGUAAAAAGGUGUGUGUCGUGUGUCCCCCUCUCCUGCUGGGAGAGUAAGGGGACCUGGCAGCCCUACUUAUUCCAGGAUCUCCCAAAGCCUAACUGUGCCAAUGAUUGCAACAUUUUAGCAGAAGUUGUUACAUCACUAACAAAAAUUAAUGUGUGUGUGUGUGCGCGAGACAGAAACAGCAUAAGUGAGAGAGAGAGAGAGUGUGAGCGUGCGCUUCUUUGAGUUUGAUCUGGCUGUGGUUUGCCAUAAUCUUCUGCGAGUGAAGUGAUGAUGAAAGAAUAAUAGCCUGGGGCUGAAUUGGGAAUUCUGACCGUAUUGAAAUCUUCAAUGCAUGCAUUUCCCAAAUGCUGAUAAAGAUGCUUUGGUUCCCGAUGGAAAUGUACAGCAUAUUGCUGGCUUUACAUUUUAAUAAA